GUUUCUUACUAGUCGGUCGGGUUGCUGAUUCAACAUGGGCAGGCUGGAACGUGAGACGGGUAAUUAAGCAAAGGGAUUUUUUUGCGAAGACGCUCAUCUAUUAAAACAGCUGAAACACCUGAAGCAUAGCUUCAUUUCCACUGUCCAGAAAACUGAAAUAAUGGAGAAGAAGAUACAGAGAACUACAAUUGUUCUGCUGAAGCUUCUUUUCAUUUUGAUUCUAGUAUGGCUCACAUUACCACUUGCAAUGGCUGCAUCAUUGGCAAAGCCAGUAUGUCAACGGAACUGCGGUAGUGUUAACUUCUACUUCCCGUUUGGAAUUGGAGAAGGUUGUUAUAUGAACAAGAGUUUUGAGGUAGUUUGCAACGACUCUUUUACACCUCCAAAGCCUUUCUUAGCCAGCAUCAACAUGGAACUUCUGGCAUCAUAUGAUGACGGAGUUUUAGUCAACAAUCCAGUAAUUCAUUCCGAUUGCAGCGACGAAGUCUCUGCCAACAGAGGGGUUAACAUGUCAGGCACUGGUUUUUUCUAUUCUAAUGACGCGAAUAGAUUCACAGCCACAGGUUGCGACAAUUAUGCCAUGCUUGUUCAGGAUGGUAAAACAGUUGGAGGGUGCUUGUCGAUUUGUCGCAAUGAAACUAAUACUACAAGGGGGUGCUAUGGCCUCAAUUGUUGCCAGGCCACCAUUCCUCCCAAUGUCCAGUCUUUUGAAGCAAAUAUGACAAACCCAAGUGGUGAGGUUGAUUGCAUAGGACGUAAGUCCGCCUUCAUGGUUUUCCAAGAUUCGUUUGAAUCAAGAAGCCUUGAUGAAGUUCUCCAAAGGGAUAAUGUCCCUGCAAUGAUAGAAUGGGCAAGAUUUCAAGGGAAUUGCGAUCUAAGCGAAACUAUAACCCCGUACAUCAAUUGUACCUCAGACUCCAAGUAUUGCUGGGCGCAGAUAAGCACAAAGCAAUUGUGUAUUUGCAGAAAUUGUCGAGAUGACCGCAAAUGCACAUCUGGACGGAGCUACAACUGUGAUCUGUUUUGUAUGCAUCCCCCGGGAGGCUACGACUGCUCUUGUCCAACUGAGAAUUAUGAAAAAAUUUCCAACAUUUGUUACCCAUCACAUCUCUUUUCAAACCAAAAAUCCCGGGCCAAGAUCAUCAUUAUAGGCUGUGCAUCAGGUCUUGGAUUACUGUUCUUUCUAAUUGGCUUAUGGUUGUUGUACAAGUUAAUAAUGAGAAGACGGGCAAUGAAACUCAAGCAAAAGUUUUUCAGAAGGAACGGUGGGCUAUUAUUCCAACAACAACUCUCCUCUGAGGGAAACAAUGUUGAUCAAACAAGAUUAUUUGCUAGCAACGAAUUGGAGAAUGCAACUGACCACUAUCAUGUGAAUAGAAUCCUUGGUCAAGGAGGUCAAGGAACAGUUUACAAAGGAAUGUUGACGGAUGGGAGAGUUGUUGCAAUUAAGAAAUCCAAAGUAGUAGAUGAAGACAAGCUUGAGCAAUUUAUCAAUGAGGUGUUAAUUUUAUCACAAAUCAACCAUUGAAAUAUUGUGAAGCUACUUGGAUGUUGUUUGGAGACAGAAGUUCCUCUACUUGUUUAUGAGUUCAUCCCUAAUGGAACACUCUUCCAAUAUAUACAUAAUCAAAAUGAAGAGUUUCCAGUUACAUGGGAAAUGCGUUUGCGCAUUGCCACAGAAGUUGCGGAUGCUUUAUCCUAUUUGCAUUCAGCAGCUUCCAUACCCAUUUAUCAUAGAGAUAUCAAGUCAUCCAAUAUUCUCUUGGAUGAUAAGUUUAGAGCAAAAGUGGCAGACUUUGGCACCUCAAAAUCAAUUUCAAUUGAUCAAACACAUGUGACCACUCGAGUACAAGGAACUUUUGGAUAUUUAGAUCCAGAGUAUUUCCAAUCAAGCCAAUUUACAGAGAAAAGAGUAGUUCUUGUUGAGCUUUUAACAGGACAAAAACCAAUUACUUCAACAAGAUCUGUUGAAGCGAGAAGUUUAGCUGCAUACUUUCUGGAUUCAAUGGAAGCAAAUCAUUUGUUUGAAAUUGUUGAUGCUCGAGUUCUCAAGGACGGUGGGAAAGAAGAAAUCAUUGCAGUUGCUAAGCUCGCUAAAAGAUGUUUGGACUUGAGUGGUAAGAAGAGACCUACCAUGAAGACAGUGGCAAUGGAGUUAGAGGGAAUUAGAGCCUCUCAAGGAUUUUCUUCGACCAUUGAGCAAGAUUAUGAAGAGGUUGAUUGUUCUGUUGGUGACUAUACUGGGCCAUGGGAAGUUGCUUCAUCUUCAACUGGAUCGCUGAAUAGGAGUAUCCCUAGCCGUUCAGAUUUGCAACCAAAAAUUUCUAAUAACGCGUUACCAUAAACACAUAACAAUGAUUAUCAGCCUCUGAGCAACAUUUGACUCCUCUGGUCUUUACUCCUUUAUGGAUGUCCCAUAUCCCAUGUCGGCCUCACCACACUUUUUGCGGCAAGUUAAUUACUAGGAGAGUAAAGGAGGCUCUUUACUGUAACUUCCUGUGUCAGUCUCUCCUAAGCAUUGCACUCCUUAGGCUCAGUUUUAUCUGAAAUCUCAUUAACUAAAUAAUUGUUUUGUUUAAGUUAAGUUUUAUUUAUUUGUUUGUUUGUAUAUUUAAUAAACUAGAUUGGAAUUUCUUCACAUUUUGUUUGAAGUAUAUGAAUGGUGAAAUAUGAAAUUUAUUUCAUUUGCAUA